AUUAGAUUCAACUUUAUUGUCAUUACACAUGUACAAGUACAGAGCAAAGAAAUGCAGUUCAUCAUCCCACCAGAAGUGCAAUAGUAGUAGGUACAAAUAUACAGAUAAUAAUAAAGCAAACUCUAUUAUAUAAAUAAAUACGGAAUAUGCAGAUUGAUUGAGGUAAUGUGUACAUAUUAUACAGGAACUAUAAAAAGGGCAUAUGAUAAGAUAGGUAAUACAGAUUGAGUGAACGUUAAAAUAGUGCAUCAUAAUAAACAAUAGCUGCCUAACGUUACUAGACUAGUGAAAUGUUCAGUACAUGGUUUGUAGUGGAAACAGAUUCCAAAGUGUUUGAGUGCAGGAAGGUCCAGUAGUGAUGGUGUACAGUACAACAGUUUAUUGACAUUUCUAUCAAAGGCUCCUUUAUAACCAUCACGUGCGCUGUAUCAUUAAGUCUAGUUGAAUGCACCGCUCUAACGAAGCCUUUCCAUAUUUAGACUUUCUUUUCUUGCUGUGGAAAUACGGCAACAAUGGACUACACCGACUACUCCGGCUCCUCCGACUACUCCAACUACUCCGGCUCCUCCGAUGACCCUGACGAAACCUGCGACAAAACGAGCGUCAUAGAGUUCGGGGCGGUGUUCACCGUGGUGCUUUUCUCCAUCGUGGUCAUCCUCAGUCUGCUCGGAAACCUCAUGGUCAUCGUGGUUCUGGCCAAGUACGAGAACCUCAAAGCCCUCACCAACGCGUUCAUCCUGAACCUGGCGGCGUCGGACCUCUUCUUCACCGCCGCCCUGCCCUUCUGGGCCUACAACCACGUGCACGCCUGGACUCUGGGGGAGCACGCGUGCAAAACCGCCACCUUCGUCUUCUACGUCGGCUUCUACAGCAGCGGCAUCCUCCUCAUCCUGAUGACGGCUCACCGCUACGUGGCCGUCAUGAGCCCCCUGUCCAACUUGGUGUCCACCACGGGCUCCGGCAGCGUGGCGGCGUGCGCGGCCGUGUGGGCCGCGAGCACGCUGGCGGCCAGCCCGUCCUUCGUCACCAGCGCCGUGGUCGAGGAGCGCUGCCACUUCUCGAGCUCUUACUGGGAGUUGUGGGUGGUCUACCAGCAAAACGCCCUCUUCGCGUUGAGUUCGGUGGUGUUCGUCUUUUGCUACUCCCAGAUCAUGUGCAGGUUGCUGCGUCCCACCGCGCAGAGGAGGAAGAACAAGACCUUGAAGCUCAUUUUCACGCUCACGGCGGUCUUCUUCGUGGGCUGGGCGCCUUACAACAUCGUGAUAUUCCUGCAGACGUUGAAUACACGGAACCCGCAACCGGUCGCCCCAAAGGUUUUGCUCGCAGCGUGUGAAGCGUCACGGCGACUCGACUACGCCUUUUACGUCACUCGGCUUUUUGCCUUCUCCCACUGCUGCCUGAACCCUGUGUUUUAUGUGUUCGUGGGGGUGAAGUUCAAAAACCACUUGAUGAAAAUGCUGAAAGGGUGGGGUCGCAGGAACAGCAGCCUCCGCAACAGGCAAAGCCGCCUCACCAUCACGUCGCUGACGAGCGGCGAGGAGGUCGUGAUGUAGUCAACGCACGGGGCCGAGAUGAAACCGGUGGCGCCGUGCAAUAUGAAUGCAUAGAUAAUAUUGAUCGGUGAUCAUAGGAGACAGAAACUCACACACAGCGAACCAAGGCUGACCGUUACGUUCAGAUAACAGGGACGUUCACUUUCAAAUAGGGCCUAAAUUUGUUUCAUUUUUUACUCUUUUACGCUGCCACAAUUCCCUUUUGGGAACAGCGGGUGGUGAAAUGCUGGCGACGCCGUCGGCGUUUAACUCAAAGUGCGACGGAGCAGCAGCCGUGGCCGUUGGUAUCCGGCGUGGUCGUUCAAACUGCAAUGAGUCCCUUAAUAGCUGACAUAAACUCUGCGGCCUCUUUAUUAGCUCCAGCUGUACACCUGCUUGUUAAUCAAAUGAAGUAUGAGAAUCAUCCGAUCGUGAAGGCGCUAAGAAGCGUGCCGGCGUGGUCGGCGUGGUCGACGUGGUCGGGGGCCUUUCAGUUGUUGAGACCCCAGAAUGAGGAAGAGGUGCGAUCCAUGUGACUUUCUGUGACGUUCGCCCUGCAGUAAGAGGACAAUGAUCCCGGUGUCUUCUCGCCCUGUGUCACAUGUGAGCGGUUUAGAAUGCAAACAGAUGCAUUGGUAAUAUGUUGCAAUAGAGAAAAUUUUUGGGAGUCACGCAAGUGAAAAGAAAAACCAAAAUGGAUGAUUUCACUUUAGUUUCGUUUGGAAUCUCUUGGAGUUUAUUUCCA